AGUGUUUCAGUGUUACUGUUUGUAACAACCGUCGUAUUAAGUAUUAUUGUGUGUUUACACGCGGACACAAAACCAACAGCACACGUUUAAGCUAGUUUAUAGUGUAAGUUAGCAGGUGAGCGUCAGCUAACACAAGCUGUGUUUUGUCCAUAUUUCGUUUUGUCACCCUACCGUUGGACAACAACUCACUACGACCGAAGGAAAACGUCUGAAUAAUAUGGCAAUGCAAAACACCGUUGUCCAGCAUCGUUAAGUAUCCAAGAGUGUGUCAUGUAUGGCUGCAUUCUUUUUUUUACGGGUUUCUCGCCUAUUGAAGAAAGGACUGCCCAAGAAACAAGUCUGGGCAAAAUCAAAUAACGCCUCAAUCGUGGUGUCUGUUCAAGUUGUGUUAAUGACUGCGCUGAUGGACUUUGAACCUUCAGCAAAAAGACUAAGGGUGGAAAGCAAUGCCUCAACGUCUCCUUCAUCUUCUCUCCGAGGGCCGUCCUCAUGUAUUCAAAACAAGGAUAAUGACACACUAGAUCAAGAAAGGAAGCAAAACGGCACCAAGAUGGAUACACGACCAAAAACUGCAGCUGUCAGUUUGCGUGGUUUGAAGACAAAAGGUGAUCGUCGAAGACUCAACCCCAGUCCCCAACAGAAGUUCAGAAAUACUCUUCAUCAAUGGCUGGUUAAGCCCCCACAAAACCCAAGUACAAUGAAAGUGUGCCAAAGCCCAGAGGAUGUAGAGAUGGCCGGUGACUGUAGCUUUCACGGCACUUCGGCUCGCCGUCUGGAUGGUGGGAAUGCUGGAAAUGCCAUCCUGUCUGAUGCAGAUGAAAAGGACAAACCUGUGUCACUACAAUAUCUGGAUGAAGACAAACCUGUAUCACCACCUUCUGAAGAUUCUGCAGGAGGUGGACUAAUGCAGAGCCUGUCUCACAAUUAUGGUGGAUCAGAGAAACAAGAAGCGAAAACUUGCUCAGAGGGCUCUGCUAAACACAAUACAAAAAUAACAGACUUCUUUUCAGGGACGACAUCACCAGAUAAGUCUCCAGAAGAACAAGGUACAGAGGAGGAAACUACUUCUGCUGUUGUUGAGCCGCAGGUCAAGUGGCUGGGGACGCCAAUCAAAGAACUGAAGAGAAUGCCUGAAUGUGGCAGUGUGCUUCCUCCGCUGAGGGAUGUUCCUGGCAAGCACACAGUGAUGAUACGGACAGACCUUCUUAGGAGAGGUAGAGUUCCUGUUCCGUAUCCUGCUAAGUUUAAGGAUACUUGGGAUGAUGUCCAUGUCAAGAUGCCUUGUUCCAGUUCGAACCUAUUUCCUGUACUGGAUGAGGUAACACAUGGACUUCAGAAUAAGAGUCGGUGGGAGUUGAUUAAGGAGACUUUAAACAAGACAUUUUCAAAUCAACCCGAGUUGAAGGAGGCGAUAUUAAAAUAUAGUGCUUCGCAGGCCAAGAAAUGGGACUUCACUGCAUUACGUUUGUACUGCACCAAGGUCCUGGAGCCUGAUGCUGCUGAACAUCUGUUUGACUCCCUGCUGCCAGACAUCGUGCAAUUAGCACUGAGAGCAUCUGAGCUCUGUACCAAGCCAAUACCCCUCCUUAAGGGAGGCGUGAACCACUCCAUCACCAUGUCACAGGAGCAGGUGGCAUGUCUGCUCGCCAACGCCUUCUUCUGCACCUUCCCCCGGCGCAACUCCAGAAGGAAUGAAUACGGCAACUACCCAGAUAUCAACUUCUUCAGGCUUUUUGAGGGUUCCUCUUCAAUGAAGAUUGAGAAACUGAAAACCCUAAUGUGCUAUUUCAGAAGUUUCACAGAACAAAAACCUACCGGACUUGUAACAUUCACACGGAAAAGCUUGGAUAAACCUCUGAAUUGGAAAAGCUCACAGACUCAACUCACAAAGCUCCACAUUACCUGUGAAGGGACCAUUGAGGACGACGGUCAUGGAAUGCUUCAGGUGGAUUUUGCCAAUCGGUUUGUGGGAGGAGGAGUCACUGGAUCGGGUUUAGUCCAAGAGGAAAUCCGUUUUCUAAUCAAUCCUGAGCUCAUUAUCUCUCGCCUCUUCACCGAAGCCCUGGAUCCUAAUGAAUGUCUGAUCAUCACAGGUACCCAGCAGUACAGCAAAUACACAGGCUAUUCUCAUACCUACGAGUGGGGGGGCAGCCACCAGGACACAACUCCAAGAGAUGGCUGGCAGAGAAGAUGCACUGAGAUUGUGGCCAUCGAUGCGUUGCACUUCAAGAACUUUCUUGAACAGUUUAAUCUAGAUAAACUAAACCGAGAACUAAACAAGGCCUACUGUGGCUUUGCUCGACCCGAAGAACGAAGCCAAAACCUUGCGACAGUGGCCACAGGGAACUGGGGCUGUGGGGUUUUUGGAGGUGACGCACGUCUGAAAGCUCUGCUCCAGAUGCUGGCAGCUGCUGAGGCGGGCCGAGAUGUGGCAUAUUUCACUUUUGGUGACAGCCAGCUCAUGACAGAUGUCCACAAGAUGCACUCUUUCCUUACUCAGAGAAAGAUCUGUGUAGGGGAGGUGUAUGAUCUCCUGGGACAGUACCACAGCUCAGUGUGCAAGAGCUGCCUCACUCGGCGCCCUGACGUCAGCCUCUACUCGUUCAUCUACCAACAGGUCAACUCCUCCCCAGCGCCAGAGGACUCCGCCAUGGGCUCGACCAGACAUCGCGUCCCUGGAGACUGCCUUUAAGGUCAGGUGGCUGAUGAGUCACCUUGCCUUAUUUAAUAAAAGAAGAAGAAAAAACAUUUAAACCGUUGCUUUAAUGACAAAGUUGAUUAACAGUGGUGGAUAAACCAAAUGGGGUCUCCACCACUGGCCGCCAAAAAAUUACAAUCUAGCAUUGCAGAUAGUUUUUCAAAAACAAUGAGACUGCAGAGGGUUAUUAGUUACGACCCCAAACGGCGCCAAGUUCAUUUUGCUGCGCCUGGUAAUAUGCCAGUGGAUUCAACUUCAAUACGACGCAAUUGUGACUUUAAUGAUGAAGCAAAGGUUGCCAUCUAUCUUCCAAGUUUGUCGUGUUGCCUUUUUUUUUUUACACCCGCACGUAUCCAGCCUAAUUGGAUUGGCUGUCAGAAAUGAAGUUAAAAGACAAGAAUAACAAGAAACAGGAUUUAGAAAGCUUGUCUUUUUUUGGUUUUAGAGACUUGAGGAAAAUCAUCUUUUACCUGUUGCCUUCACAGCAGAAUUCAACUUGCAAUCACAGGUCCACUCAUACAUUUAUGGGAUAAUUUGCUUUAAGAGACCCAGUAGCACUUAACGGACGAAAUUCACCUGUCCCACCUAAUGUGUAUUUGUUAUUUAACAGAUUUUGAUUUUGAAACAGCCAAAAUAAAAUCAGUUUGAAGUCAAUGCAACAUUCCAAUUUUUUAUACUGCCAACGUUUUAUUCUGAAGCACGAAUAGAGCCACAAAUGUCAGUAAUACAUCUGAAGGAGGGCCUCUUGUCCCAUGAAUGUUACAGGCACAAUGACUUUCUAUACAGCCUUGCCAUUUAUUUUCCCCAGGUAUUGCUUUACUCUUUCACUCACAGUUUAAUAAGGUCAUACCUCUUAUCUAAACUUUACAUGACACCUCAUUAAGAGUAGAUCAUAGAACAUCCAGUCAAUGGGGCUCCUGGGUGAUUUCUCUCUUUGUCAGAAGAAACACUGCCUCUUUUGCAUGAAGGAGAAACUGCUUAAUGCAAAGUCUCAGAGGUCAGACGUUUGGCAAUUUGCAUUCUGGGUUAAUUUUGGCCCAAAUCACAAUUUGGUUAUCAAUAUUGCAAACUUGAUGUGUACACUCACCGGCCACUUUAUUAGGUACCCCAUGCUAGUAACGGGUUGGACCCCCUUUUGCCUUCAGAACUGCCUCAAUUCUUCGUGGCAUAGAUUCAACAAGGUGCUGGAAGCAUUCCUCAGGGAGUUUGGUCCAUAUUGACAUGAUGGCAUCACACAGUUGCCGCAGAUUUGUCGGCUGCACAUCCAUGAUGCGAAUCUCCCGUUCCACCACAUCCCAAAGAUGCUCUA